AGUUGCUUUUUGGGGGAGUUUGGGAGGGGAUUUGAGGUAAAAAAUCCCAUUUUGGGGUAGUUUGAGGGGGGAUUUGAGAUAUAUUUGAGCUAUUUCUUAAAAGAUGAUUUUGGGGAGAAACCGAAGGAUUUGGGGGGGCUUCUAAAUAGGGAAAAAGCACUGAUUUUCCUCUUUUUUCCCCCAAAACCCAGGCGCUGAUGCUGGAGAACCUGCAGAAACACUCGAGCCCCCACGGCACCUUCCAGCCCAACUCCCAGAUCGGGGAGGAGAUGAGCCAGAACAGCUUCAUCAAGCAGUACCUGGAGAAGCAGCAGGAGCUGCUGCAGCAGCGGCUGGAGAGGGAGGCGCGCGAGCCCCAAGCCACGGCAGGGAAGGGCGAGGAGGAGGAGGAGGAGGAGGAGGGGGGACGAAGGACGGAGCCGCGCGGAGCCCGCCCCCGGCAGGUAAAAACCACAGGGGGUUUGGGGGGAAUUAGGGGCGUUUUGGGACAUUUCGCUAUUUUUGAGGGUGGGGAGUAG